AAAACAAUGAGGGAGAGAGAGAUAGACCGCGAUAGAGAGGACGCGCGCGUUGGCAGGCAGUCAAGCCUACAGCUGAUUCAAUACAUUUUCAGCACUAUGGACAGUUCCAUUUUGCAGCGCGAGCGGACAGACGGGGUAUAAAAGAUAGGAGCAGCGCUACUUAGCCUACCAACACCGCUGAGACAACUGAGGCAACAUGAGCCACCAAAUUGAGUAUCAGUCGGGUUCUCCACAUAGAAGAGCUCAAGAUGACUAUUCCCGCUAUCAACACAAACUGACCGGAUCCCCCUCGGCGUCCAGGACCGUUAUAGGUUUUGGGUCGGCUACCGCAUUUAUGAACAGAGGAUAUGCGACGACGCCGAAGAGCGAAUUCGGAUCGGUUCCGAGAUCGGAUAUCUUUUUAAAUGUAUCAAACACGUUUACCGGGGUGUUGACGAAAAUUAAUGAGAAAGAACUGCUCCAUGGGCUGAACGGCCGUUUCACCGGGUUCAUCGAGAAGGUGCGUCAUUUGGAGCACCAAAAUGAAUUGCUCGAGAGGGAAAUCGAGGAAAUCAAACAGAAGACACAGUCACCCGCAUCUCUGGCACAGGAGCACGAGUCGGAGCUUAUGGAUCUGAGGAAACUAGUGCAUGACAUCACCCUUCAGAAGCGUCAGAUAGUGAUAGAACAUCAGAACCUGGAGGAAGACUUCCUCACCUUGAGAGACAAAUACGACCAGGAGGCUCGUGAACGCUCGGAUGCAGAGAAAGGCAUCCUGGUGCUGAAAAAGGACGCCAACGACGCAUACUUGGCAAAACUUCAGCUGGACAAGAAAGCGCAAACUCUGGUGGACGAGAUUCACUUCCUGAAGAAAAACCAUGAGGACGAGGUGUUGGAGAUGGUGGCCCAGAUCCACGAGUCUCAGGUGACGGUCGAGGGGCAUGCCUUUGCAAAACCCGAUAUCACUGCGGCUCUCCGGGACAUCCGUGCACAGUUGGAAGGUCACGCCGCCUCCGACAUCCUUGAGGUCGAGGAGAGUUUCCGUGUCCAGUUCACAAAGUUGACAAAAGCGGCAGAGAGCAACAGAAAGGCGCUAAAGGCAACACAGCAGGAGAUCCAGGAGAACAGGAGGCGCUUCCAAGGGAAGAACAUUGAACUGGACUGCGCGAAAGGAACGAGAGAGGCCCUGGAAAAACAACUACAUGAGCUGGAGGAGCGUCACUAUUCGGAAAUGAUUAAUUACCAGGACACUGUCAGGCAGCUGGAGAAUGAGCUGACUAAUGCUAAACUAGACAUGUCUGGCCACCUGAGAGAGUACCAGGACCUGCUGAAUGUCAAAAUGGCUUUGGAUGUGGAGAUUCUCUCUUACAGGAAACUCUUGGAGGGUGAGGAGUUCCAUCUGUCCACCAUCUCUGACACCCACAUCUCCAUGCCCUACAUCUACCGCCAGUCCCCUGUCUACACCCUGACUUCCCUGGCCCGGCAGGGAGGGCCCACACGCAGGUCUGAGCCCCAGUACAAGUUUGUAGAGGAGAUCAUCACUGAGACCACCAGAGAGGUGGAGUCCGAGUUUGAGGAGACAGGCUCUGAGGAGACAGGAGAGGGAGAGAAGGAGGGAGAGGAGAGUGACAAAGCUGAGAGGAGGGGUAAGGAAGAGGAGGAUGAGGAGAAAGUGGAAGAUGUAGGUAAAGUGGAUCUUAAAGUGGAUGCCCCAGAGAAAGAGGGGGAACAGGAGGAAGAGUCUAAGGGCCAGCAGAUAGAAACAUCAGCAGAGGUUGAGGUAAAUGGAGAUGGAGUUAACACUAGCAAGGGAGAAAAUGGAGAGGAAGGAGAUGACAAAGGAGAGGAGGACAUUGACACAGGUGACAAUACACAAAGUGAAGUCAAAUCAGCUAAGGCCACCAGUGAGGAAGAGAAGGAAAAACUGGACACAACAGAGGAGAUAGACGGUGAGAUAAAAGAUGUGGGGGAGCCAUUAGAAAACGAUAACACCCCAAAACAUGACAAGUCCCUGCCAGAGGUUCCCAUGAAGGGUGACAUUUCCAUAGAACCCAAAACAUCAGAGUCAGAGGAUAUUCAAACAGAAAGUUCAAUAAAGGGUGAACCACAGGUCCCCACAGAGGACAUCUCCAAAGAGCCCAAAAAGGUGUCAGAGGAGAGCAAAAAAGAAAGCCCAUCAAAAGAGAAAAAAGAGGUAGAUCUGAAAGAGCAGAGCGCCCUAGCACUGGAGCAGAAGCCUGAUCAGAAGGUGCACAGAGAAUCAGACCAACUUCAAAAGGCAGAGAGUGCUGUAGCAACACAAGAAGAGGAUCUCCCUGAGCCCACAGAGAAGGACAUGAAAUCCCAUGAUAUCACUGCUGAGCUGAAAAACAGCUCCACCAAGGAGACAUGGGGACAGGUGAAGUCACCAGAUGAUUCUGGUGUAAAAACUACACAGGAUGACAAAACGGUAGGAGGUAAAAUUUCAGCCAGACUUCCCAGCACAACAACUGAGUGUGAGGAAGAGCCUGUGCCACAGACCCCUGAAAAGGAGGUGGGUCUGACAGAGCCAAAAAUAAGCAGCAAUGAUGAUAGUAUAACAUUUGUUGAGCAGAAUGAAUCUAAUGGCAGUGAAAAUUUCACAAAUGAUAUCACAAUAGCUGAGGAAAAAGUGAAAGAAUCUGAUACAUCCUCUAAACUAGACACAACUAUCUCCCCUAAAGAGGAAACAACCCCACAACCAGAGCCAACCGUCACCCCCAAAGAAGAAACAUCCCCAAAAAUGGACCCAAUGGUCACCCCCAAGAACGAGACAUCACCUAAACCAGACCCCACAGUCAACCCUAAAGAAGAAACACCACAAUCAGACCCAACCAUUACCCCUAAAGAAGAACCAUCCCCUAAACCAGAACCAGCAGUCACCCUUAAUGAAGCAACUUCCCCAAAAUCAGAAUCAGCACUCACCCAUAAAGAAACUUUCCCCAAACCAGCCCCAACUAUCACCCCCAAAGAGACCUCCCCUAAACCAGAAACAACCACCACUCCUAAAGAAGGAACUUCCCCAAAUCCAGAACCAGCAAUCACACCUAAAGAAACUUCCCCAAAACCAGCCUCAAUCAUCACCCCUAUAGAAAAAACUUCCCAAAAACUAGAGCCAGCAGUCACCCCUAAAGAAGAAACUUCCCCCAAACCAGAAUCAACCAUCACCCCAAAAUAUGAAAUAUCCCCUAAACCAGCCCAAACAGUUACCCCUAAAGCAGAAACAUGCCCAAAACCAGACCCAACCGUCACCCCUAAAGAAGAAACAAGCCCAAAACCAGCAGUCACCCCUAAAGAAGAAACAAGCCCAAAACCAGAAGUCACCCCUAAAGAAGGAACUUCCCCAAAACCAGCCUCAAUCAUCACCCCUAUAGAAAAAACUUCCCAAAAACCAGAGCCAGCAGUCACCCCUAAAGAAGACACUUCCCCCAAACCAGAAUCAACCAUCACCCCAAAAUAUGAAAUAUCCCCUAAAUCAGACCCAACCGUCACCCCUAAAGAAGAAACAUGCCCAAAACCAGACCCAACCGUCACCCCUAAAGAAGAAACAAGCCCAAAACCAGAAGUCACCCCUAAAGAAGGAACUUCCCCAAAACCAACCCCAAACAUCACCCCUAAAGAAGAAACUUCACCAAAGUCUGAACCAGCAGUCACCCCUAAAGAAGGAACUUCCCCAAAACCAGAAGUCACCCCUAAAGAAGGAACUUCCCCAACAUCAGCCUCAAACGUCACCACUAAAGAGGAGACCUCCCCUAAACCAGAAUCAACCAUCACCCCAAAAUAUGAAAUAUCCCCUAAACCAGCCCCAACCGUCACCCCCAAAGAAGAAACAUCCCCAAAAAUGGACCCAAUGGUCACCCCCAAGGAUGAGACAUCACCUAAACCAGACCCCACAGUCACCCCUAAAGAAGAAACAUCACAAUCAGACCCAAUCAUUACCCCUAAAGAAGAACCAUCCCCUAAACCAGAACCAGCAGUCACCCUUAAAGAAGAAACUUCCCCAAAAUCAGAAUCAGUACUCACCCCUAAAGAAACUUUUCCCAAACCAGCCCCAACUAUCACCCCCAAAGAGACCUUCCCUAAACCAGAAACAACCUCUACCCCUAAAGAAGAAACUUCCCAAAAACCAGAACCAGCAGUCACCCCUAAAGAAGAAACUUCCCCCAAACCAGAAUCAACCAUCACUCCAAAAUACAAAAUAUCCCCUAAACCAGCCCAAACAGUUACCCCUAAAGAAGAAACAUGCCCAAAACCAGACCCAACCGUCACCCCUAAAGAAGAAACAAGCCCAAAACCAGCAGUCACCCCUAAAGAAGGAACUUCCCCAAAACCAGAAGUCACCCCUAAAGAAGGAACUUCCCCAAAACCAGAAGUCACCCCUAAAGAAGGAACUUCCCCAAAACCAACCCCAAACAUCACCCCUAAAGAAGAAACUUCACCAAAGUCUGAACAAGCAGUCACCCCUAAAGAAGGAACUUCCCCAAAACCAGAAGUCACCCCUAAAGAAGGAACUUCCCCAAAACCAGAAGUCACCCCUAAAGAAGGAACUUCCCCAACAUCAGCCUCAAACGUCACCACUAAAGAGGAGACCUCCCCUAAACCAGAAUCAACCAUCACCCCAAAAUAUGAAAUAUCCCCUAAACCAGCCCCAACCGUCACCCCUAAAGAAGAAACAUGCCCAAAACCAGAAGUCACCCCUAAAGAAGGAACUUCCCCAAAACCAGAAGUCACCCCUAAAGAAGGAACUUCCCCAAAACCAGAAGUCACCCCUAAAGAAGGAACUUCCCCAAAACCAACCCCAAACAUCACCCCUAAAGAAGAAACUUCACCAAAGUCUGAACAAGCAGUCACCCCUAAAGAAGGAACUUCCCCAAAACCAGAAGUCACCCCUAAAGAAGGAACUUCCCCAACAUCAGCCUCAAACGUCACCACUAAAGAGGAGACCUCCCCUAAACCAGAAUCAACCAUCACCCCAAAAUAUGAAAUAUCCCCUAAACCAGCCCCAACCGUUACCCCUAAAGAAGAAACAUCCCCUAAACCGGCCCCAACUAUCAAACCUACCGAGAUCACCUCUAAAGAUGAAAUAUCCCCUAUAUCAAACUUAAUCAUUACCCUAGAAUCAACGACCACCCCUACAGAGAGUGAAACGAUCAGCAGUGGAGGCAAAGCUGAGACUGCCACACCACCAGAGAAACAGGUGCCUUCCGUUGCAAAGAGCAAGGACUCACACAGAGAGGAGCCAGAGAGCAGCACAACUCAGGAUAAACCAGAGGAAAGUACGGCUAAAGAGCCUGAGAAGGUUACGGAUCCCAACGAUGAAACCCCAAAGACAGAGAACGUGCAGACCAAGGCCUCUGAGGAAAAACCUGAACAUGUGGAGAUAUCUAUUACAAAGACAUCGCCAGUGAAAGAACAGGAUGUAUCAACCAUGGGUUUGAAAGAGAAAACUGUUGACGGGAAGACAACAGAAGGGGCACAAUCUAAAAUAGAUGAGAAAGGCUUUACAAGAGGUGAUAAAGACAGCAAAGAUGACAAAACUGCAAAGACAUCAUCAACAGGGCAAGCUGCUCAGCCAAUUGCAGAAAAGCAAGCUAAACCUAAAACCUGGGACUUAACCUCUUUUUAGAAAGACCAGAUUUAGAGGUCAGUAGACGUUUUCUGUAAACCUGCAUGAUUAGUGCAAGCCUUCGAAGCAAUAUGAGAACUACUCCACCUUGAAAGAUUAACUGACGCGUAAUAUGUUCAGUAUCAUAAUUCAUAACUGUCAAUUGAGACCAUUAAAGAGCUCCUGUGAGAUAUGUACUGCAAUAUGGAAUGUAACAAAUCAAAAGCUGUAUUUUGCUGUUCCUAUUUUCUUCUGCCCAAGUGAUGAUGGGAAUUGGGAUGAUAAUGUUCAUGGUUGAUAAUGUGAUUUGAUAAUGCCUGAAUAAGCCAAGAAAUAAAUGCUAUUGGAAGAGCA